AUGCGCCUCCUCGACACCAAGACCUUCGUUCUCAAGGACUUCAUCGGCUCCAACACCCCGCCCUAUGCCAUCCUGUCUCACACCUGGGAGGACGAUGAGGUUCUCUUCCAGGACAUGGGAAACCUAGACCUUGCUCGUCGAAAAAAGGGCUGGUCCAAGGUCGAGCGGUGCUGCGAACAGGCGCGCAAUGAUGCCUGGGACUGGGUCUGGAUCGAUACGUGCUGCAUCGACAAGAGCUCGAGCGCCGAACUCUCGGAGUCUAUCAACUCUAUGUUCAAGUGGUACAGGCGUGCAAUGGUUUGCUACGCAUACUUGAGUGAUGUUGCAAACCGCGCGGAUUUCAAGCGGAUACUGACGUUCAUCAAACCUGGUUUAGACCUAGAGGAUAAGGAAAAAGGCUUCGAACAGCCGAUUCGAUGGUUCUACCGGUCUUGGACCCUCCAGGAGCUGAUUGCACCUCUCGUGGUACACUUCUUUGGGGCUUCGUGGUGUUAUCUAGGCAGCAAAAAAGGAUUCACACAGCAGCUUUCGGAGUCCACUGGGAUUGACAGUGGAGUUCUCAACCACACGAUAUCAUUGGGAUCCAUAUCAGCCGCUACGAAAAUGUGGUGGGCAUGUAGCCGAACCGCCACCAGGGUCGAAGAUGUGUCCUACAGCCUGCUGGGAAUAUUCGACGUCAACAUGCCCUUGAUCUACGGCGAGGGCGACAAGGCAUUUCUGCGCCUGCAGCAGCAUAUCUUACAGGCAACUGAGGAUCAUAGCUUACUUGCGUUCGACCUACACAUGACUUUCCUGGUUGAUAGUUUCUACUUUCGCAACAAGCCAAUUGCCAGGUCGCCGCAGGACUUCUCGGACAGAGUUGCUUUCAGUCCUAUCAUAGAUCGGAACGGAGGUAAUCCACGCUUUGUUUAUGACAGCCACCACGACGGACCCAGUUUGAAGAUCAAUCUACCAGUGAUGCGUGUUGCUCGGAACAACUCAAACUUGAAAAUAGAAUUUGAGCAUGGCACCUCCGGCCACGACCCUUACGUCACCCUGGCUGCAUUAAACUUGUUAGCCAGUCGAGAAGAUAAGAUAGAUGGAACCACCAUCUUCUACCCUCGACAAGGCACAUUUGGCAAACUAGACUGGACCCCCCAACGGGACAGACUGUCAGUCGUGCUCAUGCUACUUACGCGCAACGAUGACCGCAACAUCACGGAGAAGAUGAGCCAGUAUAUACUGGUACCCCACAAGGAGGUGCAAGAUUGGCCGAAGGAGGAAUGCUACAUUGUUUUCAACAAGGAUCAAGACCUCCUCGUGAACGGCCUCGGAGACGGCCUCGAGCCGCAGGCGUUGCCCGCAUCGUUGUGCCCUGCGGCGAGCGACAACAGCUACAGAAUAGCCGAUUACUUUCAGCACACCUCCUACUACCGCUCCAGGCGGCAAUUCUACGAAUGCUACUGGGUCCUCACGUGUCCGGGGCGUGUGUCCACCUUCGCAUGGGCGAGGGUGAACCUGUCGAGCAAACGGGUUGCUUGGAAUAUCGAGCCAACCCCCACCGACGAUCUCAUGGAGUACCUCCGACGGAAGCGAUACGGCGAAGGUCCAAGGGACUUUGAGCUCCCCGACUCAACCCCUGCGGCCGAGCUCCGCAUGGCGCUGGACGAUGAGCUGGACGUGGUGCUCGUCCUCGAGAGGGGUGAGGCAGCAGCGGGGAAAGUGCCAGUCAAAAUACUGUUCAAGGUGCAGAAGAGCCUCUCCUACGACGAUGCAGCCCAGUCCAAGUGGUGUCCGCAUCCAAGCCAGCAAGGGCGGUGCGCCUGUUUCUCAUCAUCUCAGGAUCAUCCUCCGCUGCCCACAUGGCGGUCGGGACAUGAUGCAUCCGAUGAAGAAGAAGCAUAUGGAAAGUACAGCGUGAGCCUAUCACCAUAUUCCUCUUACAAUGAGCGGCUGUGA